AUGUGACGCAGACCCCUCAGCCUUAGCCAACUAUGUUGUGGCAUUAGUCAAGAAAGACAAGCCGGAGAAAGAGCUGAAGGCUUUCUGUGCUGAUCAGCUGGAUGUCUUUCUGCAAAAAGAAACUUCAGGUUUUGUAGAUAAACUUUUUGAAAGUCUGUACACAAAAAGUUAUCUUCCUUCUCUUGAACCCACGAAAGUAGAAGUGAAGCCUGCAGGUCAGGAAAAAGAAGAAGUCAAGGAGGAGUUGUCUCUUAAGCAGAAUUUUCAAGAGUCAGUUGAAGAAGAGCGGGAUGGCAGGAAAAAGAAGUAUUCCAGUCCACAGAGAAGUCGUGCAGAUUCCAGUGAACAAAGAACCAGAGAGAAAAAGAGAGAUGAUGGUAAAUGGAGGGACUAUGACAGAUAUUACGACAGGAGUGACUUGUACAGAGAGAAGUCUGGCUGGCGACGAGGCAGGAGUAAAAGUCGUAGUAAAAGCAGAGGGUUAAGUCGAAGUCGCAGCCGCAGCAGAGGAAGAAGCAAAGACCGUGAUACAAGCAGGAGUGUUGAGCACCGAGAGAGAUCGAAAUUCAAGAGUGAAAGAAAUGAUGUUGAAGGCUCGUAUAAUCCAGUUACCGUGUCUCCCAGUAAAUCUACUGAACAGUAUUCCUCUGCACAAACUAUUCCCAGUGCUGUCACUGUAAUUGCACCUGCACACCAUCUUGAAAGCACAACAGAGAGCUGGUCAAAUUACUAUAACAAUCAUAGCAAUCCCAGUUCAUUUGGCAGAAACCCUCCUCCUAAGAGAAGAUGUCGAGAUUAUGAUGAGCGAGGGUUUUGCGUACUUGGUGAUCUUUGCCAGUUUGAUCACGGAAACGAUCCUUUAGUAGUAGAUGAAGUUUCCUUGCCAAGUAUGAUUCCUUUUCCUCCACCACCUCCCGGACUUCCUCCUCCUCCUCCUGGUAUGCUUCUGCCCCCUAUGCCAGGUCCAGCUCGUAAUAUGAGGCUGCCGGUUCCACAAGCUCAUCCGCAGGCACCACCUCCUGUGGUGCUUCCCGUACCAAGACCACCUUUAACACAGUCAAGUUUGAUAAAUAAUCGUGACCAGCCUGGGACAAGUGCAGUGCCCAGUCUUGCACCUGUGGGAGCAAGACUACCUCCUCCUUUACCCCAGAACCUACUGUAUACAGUGUCAGAACAUACAUAUGAGCCAGAUGGCUAUAACCCUGAAGCUCCUAGUAUUACCAGUGCUGGUAGAUCUCAGUAUCGACAGUUCUUUACAAGAGCACAAACGCAGCGUCCAAAUCUAAUUGGCCUAACAUCUGGGGAGAUGGAUACAAAUCCAAGAGCUGCCAAUAUUAUCAUCCAGACUGAACCUCCCAUUCCCAUUACAAAUAAUAGCAGCAAUGUAACUAGAGUUGUCCUUGAACCAGACAGCAGGAAAAGAUCUCCAAGUAGCAUGGAAUGUCCACCAUUAAAGAAACCAUGGCUGGGAAAGCAAGCAAACAACAACCAGAAUAAACCAGGAUUUUUGAAAAAGAAUCAGUAUACUAAUACAAAAUUAGAAGUUCGAAAAAUUCCAUCAGAAUUGAACAAUAUUACACAGCUCAACGAACAUUUCAGCAAAUUUGGAACUAUUGUAAACAUUCAGGUGGCUUUCCAGAAUGAUCCUGAAGCUGCUCUAAUUCAGUACUUAACUAAUGACGAGGCCAGGAAGGCAAUUUCCAGCACAGAGGCAGUUCUGAACAAUCGGUUUAUAAGGGUACUGUGGCACAGAGACAGUGAGCAGCAGCCCCAAUUGCUGCAGCAGCAGCAACAGCAGGCUCCCACGCAGUCUCUCCAUCACCAACUUCACCUCCAGCAGCAACCCCUGACCACAACUCCAGCUGUAACAAUGCACAGCAGUCUGUCAAAGGUGAUGAAUAAACCACUGGCAUCUGGUGCCUAUGUCCUUAAUAAAGUCCCGGUGAAACGUCGCCUUGGAGCAGCAGGUGGAACCCAGGCUGACUUAAGCCAGUCUGGGGCUGUGGUUGAGGACUCCCAGACAUUUCCUACUUCUACAAGCCACUCAAAAAUGGUUUACAGUUCUUCAAACUUGAAGACAUCUAUGAAGCCUGGUGCAGGGUCUAAACCUCACGAUGUGCAAGAAGCCCUUAAAAAAAAACAGGAGGCAAUGAAACUCCAACAAGACAUGAGAAAAAAGAAGCAGGAGAUGUUAGAAAAACAAAUAGAAUGCCAGAAGAUGUUGAUAUCCAAGCUGGAGAAAAAUAAGGCCAUGAAACCAGAAGAGAGAGCAGAAAUAAUGAAGACCUUAAAAGAGCUAGCAGGGAAAAUAUCUCAGUUAAAGGAUGAAUUAAAAACUUCAUCUACAACCUCUACACCAUCAAAAUUAAAGUCCAAGACAGAGGCACAAAAGGAACUUUUGGACGCAGAACUGGACUUUCAUAAGAGACUCUCUUCUGGAGAAGACACAACUGAACUGCGAAAAAAGCUAAAUCAGUUACAAGUAGAGGCUGCCCGUUUAGGCAUUUUGCCAGUUGGUCGAGGAAAGACAGCGCCAGCCCAAGGAAGAGGACGAGGACGGGGUCGUGGUGGGAGAGGAAGGGGCAUGUUGAAUCAUAUGGUGGUGGAUCAUCGUCCCAAAGCACUAACAGUGGGAGGCUUCAUUGAAGAGGAGAAAGAUGAAUUGUUACAGCACUUCUCUAAAUUUGGAGAUAUUGAAGACCUUCAAGAAGAGGAUUCCCCAUUAAGUGUUGUUCUAACUUUUAAAUCUCGCUCAGAAGCUGAGAAUGCUGCUAACCAAGGAUCCCGGUUCAAAGACCGAAGGCUACAGAUAUCAUGGUACAAACCUAAGGUACCCUCUGUGUCCACAGAAAUCGAGGAAGAGGAGUCUAAGGAAGAGGAGACUGAAACCUCAGAUUUAUUUUUGCACGAAGAUGAUGAUGAUGAUGACGAAGAUGAGGAUGAAUCCCGUUCUUGGAGAAGAUGAAACUUUAUGUUGGAAAUGUAUAAUUUUAGGAAUAUAGUUCAAGCUACAUCUUUUAAACAUUUAUUUAAGGAAGUUGAUGAGCCAAAAAAAGCUUUACUUUCUUUUCAAACCACAAGAUUUAAAGUGAGCAAAGUUUGUUAUGAAAACAUUUCGGAUAUAGAGCUGUGAUACUAAGCUAGCCAAAGGCCCAGUAACAUUUUACAUAAUUAUCAAGCUCACCAGGGUGGUGAUUUUUUUCUAUUUAAGAAGGAUAAAAAGAGAGGGGGGGAAAAAAAUAUUAGUAUUUUCUUGUCCUCUU